AUGUCCGCCCAGAGGUUAAUUUCCAACAGAACCUCGCAGCAGCCGGUGCCGCGUUCUGACUAUACCUGGGAAUAUGAAUAUUACGAGAUCGGGCCGGUCUCCUUUGAAGGACUGAAAGCUCACAAAUAUUCCAUCGUGAUUGGCUUCUGGGUCGGCCUUGCAGUCUUCGUGAUUUUCAUGUUCUUCGUGCUCACUUUGCUGACCAAGACGGGCGCGCCGCACCAAGACAACCCCGAGUCUUCGGAGAAGAGGUUCCGAAUGAACAGCUUCGUGUCCGACCUGGCGAAGCCGCCGGAGCCCGAGAAGGCGCUGGCCCGCCCGGGCGCGGAGUCGCCGCGCUCCCCGCGCCACUGCCCGCUGGGCGAGGUGCGCGCCGGGGCCGCCCGGCUCCCCGAGGACCCCGCGCUCGGCCGCCUCGUGGCCUUCGAGCUCCCCAACUUCGUGAACACCGAGCGCAGCCCGUCCUUCGCCGAGGAGGCCCGGGGCCGCCCGCUGCCGGCCGAGCCGCCCGCGCUGCUGCGGGACGAGCCCGGCCUGGGCCCGGCCUCCGCGCCCCGGGGCCCGCGCUGA